AUGAAUGAAUUCAAGGCAAACCUGGUUUGGAUAAUUUUCACUCGGAUUUUUGCUAUACAAUUCUUUGCAACACAACACAUUACUCUUGACUAUAUGAUGAAUCGCAAGGAAACUUUCACCAUGAGUUUUCCUGAACCACCACGAGCACAUACAGAAUUGGCACAUAACCUCCUUGUCACUGAACGAGUUCAGUCAGCAGUGCAAGCCAGCCAUUCUGCAGUCCUAUCUCCCGACUUGUCUCCAUUCACUAGCCCUUCAGAUGCACUCCAAAGACUUGUGCCAUAUCAUAUUCUAAGACAUCCGACUAUAAAUGAAACAGUUCAAAAGCCAACCAAUUCACCUCAACUAGUUACUAAGGCUCGAGAAUUGAUAGCAAGACAUGAGAAAUGGCUCGAGCAAGAGAAUGAAGUGAGCUUUGCGAAUGCCAUCAUGUUGUAA